UGCUGUAGUCACCGCCUAUCCAUAUGACGAGUGCCCAAGGUGGGUGACGUGCGAGUCGGCGGACACAGCUCUGUUUGCCACGGUCCGAUAAGAGACGGUGGUGCUUUUAUUUGGAACUUAACGGUGGACCCCGAAUUCCAACCUUUAAUUCUUGUUUCUCAAAUCAUCACCACAUAAAUGCUUUUCACACACCAACCAAACUGCUGACAUUGCAUCAUUACAUCGAAGUAUAGCAAUUCUCCAAUACAAAUUUUAGGUAUGACCACAGUUAAAGAGUUUGGGUCAGAGCCAAAACAAUGAACACUAACGAGACAGCACUGGAACUUCUGCAAUGCAGGCCUGAGGUGGGCCAUACAGUUAUAGAUGAGGUGACGGCAAAGGAGCCAUCUUAUCCCUUGACCUCUGAUGUAAAUGAGAACAAGGUGGAUGGAGAAAAGGAAGACCCUGUGACCAGCAUUGAGGAAGUGCCUGUUCAAAGUACUGAUAGCAUUAAUAAUAAUGAAAAUUGUAAUCUGAUGUGUGGACAAUUCAGUUGCAAAAAUAGCUGUGAGGACAAUGACAGCUUCUCGGCUGUUUCAACCCGGGAGAUGGCCUCCGUGAAAAGGAAAAAGAUGUCUGGCAGGCGCGGUAGCAAAAGUCGAAAAAACUGCAAUGGCAGACUUGCUGAAUUUGCUCCUGGUGAUGUGGAGGUUUCACAAGAAGUCAAACAGUUAGAGUCUCACUAUGAGUUGAGCGGGUCAGAUGAGAAUUCAAGCAUCGAACAAAGGAACCAAAAGCAACUAAGAGAGUCUCUGUUCUCCCUCAUUCGAGAAGGAUUUAAACAAACAGAUGAUGGCAGGAUAAUUCCCACGUGCCUCUACCAGAUUGCAGAAACCUAUUUUCAGGAUGAAGAUUAUGAGAAGGCAAUGCAAUUCAUUCAGCUGGAACGUAUAUACAUUGAGCAGCUACUUGCAAAUCUGUCUGCUAUUCAAGAGCAGUGGGAAACAAAACAGAAGACUGCAGGUGCUACAACAUCACUGUCCCUCAGAAAACCAGAGAGAGACCUUAGCAGCAAAGAGCUAGAACGACUUUAUAACUUGUGUGGAUCUCACCAGCAUCCGAAGAUAUCCAAGUAUAAGUUAUCUGCUUCUGAAAGAUGUUUGAGAAUCCAAAGUAUACAUCGGUUAAUGGAAAUUUCUAGUGGUGACGAUGUGGAUAGUCCUGCCAGCAGUCCAGACAGAGAAAGUCGAUCUGGCUGCAAACCGACAAAAGACAGGAAACCUGGACUGGCAGCAAUGACUGAGAACUCACCCAGUGAUUCUAGAACUGCAGAAGAAAUGACCACGGCAGCUGACCAUCAAGCUGAGCCUGGACUGGGACACACAGAGGACCAUCAGCCUGGCAGCUCAGAAGGCAGGUCUGAGGCUCACACCCAGUCCACUGGGACAGGAGGCAGGGCUAAUACUGUAAGCUUGUCCUCUGGGGAUGAUGUAAAGAAUAACAAGCUUCUGCAACCAGAAGCAACACCUCACUGUAGAGAUGUGUCCGAUAUAGAGACGUUCCCCACGGAUCGCAGCGGAAAACAACCAGGGAAACCAAUGGUAGACAAAUUAAUUUCAGCAGGCACAGCUCAUGCAUGUUGUGUGUCAGGGGCCCAAGGCGAUCUUCCUGGAGAGAGUAGCAACCUUGACCACACUGCCGAGGUAAGCAGCAGUAAAGAGGAGGAACAUUGCACAAGUGCUGCUGGAGAUACUAAGGACGCACCUCCAAACAAGUCGAACUCUGUAGAUACUGAGGACCCACACCCGCCUUCCACUGCUCAACAGGUAUGCCCACAGGAGACAGAGCAAGCAGCUGAACAGCAAUUAACAGUUACAUUUUCAGCCAGCCUCUUGAACGGAGACUUGAAAGACAGUGACAAUUUUCUGGGCUUCCAGGAGUCUGAAGACGACAUGUCACCAAGCCCAGGGAAUCAUUUUCUUUCACUGGAUGAGCUUGCAAAGAGGAUACAAGUUGAGGAGGUCCAUCCUGCUGCUGGUUUGGUAUCAAUACUGAAGAAACGGAAUGAAAGUGAAGGGGAAACACUUGCACAACCUCAAACGAAACCUACUAAGCGGAAAGUACGGUUCCAAGAAACAGAUGAUGUUCUAGAUCAAGAUGAAAUUGGUGGCGGAUCCUGCAUUUUGCUGAUCAUUCUUUGCAUUGCAACUGUAUUCCUCAGUGUUGGGGGAACGGCAUUAUAUUGUACUUUCGGUGACGAGGAGUCUUCCGUGUGUAAAGAUUUUUCUGCAAACAUGGACUUCUAUUACUCUCAAUUGCUGCAAGGAAUAGAGGAGCUUAAACACUGGCUCUUUGUCACAUAGUUAAUAAAGCUAUGGGUGCCUAUCUUUACCCUCCUGCUUGGAAUAGACACAGACACUUGUUUACUUACUGUAGUUUGGGAUUUACCUUAUACCUGUUGGUUGAAAUCAAACCUAAAAAAACCACAAAACCGUUUGGUUCUCUUCUAAGAUAUUCAGAGUGGAGAAAAAAAUAUAUUAAUUUGUUUUAAAUCUAUUGUAUAUACUAUAUUGUUUCAGUGGAUAAAGGAGAAUAUAAAUAAUGGCUCAGAAGAAUCCCUCAACCAUGCAAGUGACCACUGAAUACUACCACAUGCUGGUUUUAAACUAUCGGCAUUCUGUUUUAAUGCAAUAAGUUUGUGUUUUAGAAACUGUUCUUUUCGUUUAUUUUAUUUUUUUACUCUUACCCCUGACUUAACUGGUUCUUAUACUAAAAUUUGUGAGUUUUAGCUCUUUAUAUUCUGUUAUGCUUAUAAUUUGUGCUAAUGCCGUUUGACCACUGAAAAAACACUGUCCAAGAAAUGGCAGCAACAAAGUCUAAAGGAUCUGCGUUUUUGUCUGUAACCAGUUGUUCUCCAUGUUUAGAUCUUUUUUUAUAUUUUAUUAUUUUUCUUAUAAUUAGUAAAAGUGUCCUUUUUGUAUACUUUUUUUCAAUCUCUCAUGAUAUACAGUGAUUUUGUUUUAUUAUCCCUUACUAAAUUUAUUUGAUCCGUCUGACAUAUUAGACCAUUAUCUAUGUUUGUUUUUUUUUUUAUAUAUAAUUUACAUUUUUAAUACUAUCUUUACAACAUGAAAAUCAUAUUACUGAGAGGUACAUAUUGAGUGUUUUCCAGAUGGGGAGACUUCCAGUGAACAGAGCAUUGGAAGUGUUCAUUUUAUCUCUUAACACCCACUCCCACACCUCACAUGCACAUGACAUUUUUUUUUUUUUUUUUUUUUUUAAAAAGGUUUAGUUCUGAACAGUGGAAAUUCUGGAGUAUUGAAUAGAGAAAUUGCAAAUUUGACAAAAAUACAACUGAAUUUGAAGAAUGUAGAAGUUGGCUAUUAACAAUUAUCGUAUUAACUCUCCAGAGUUCCCAUGUUAACAAAUAACCCUUUUUUAAAGUGUAAGGUACAUUUGAAUUGAACCUGUGGUCUUUUGGCAUGUAUUUAACAUAUUUAAUAUUCAAUAGGGGGUUAUUCAUCCUUCAGUUCUUGUUGGUACUGGCUGGACCAGCACCUUAUUUUUGUGUUUCCCCUUAUUUAUUUCAGCUUUGAUCAUUUGUAAAGGGAAUUUGGAUAAUGUUUGUGGUGUGUUAAUAUGUGAGACAUUCUAGUUCCUUUUAUUAGAUAUUUAUAAUUGUUUUGUAUGUGCGUUCAUGUAGCUUUUCAUUCAAUUGCUUCAUUUGUGUAUAUGUAUGCUUGUUUUGUGUUUAGUUUUUUUCGGAGAGUGGGGGGGGGUUCGUUCUUUUUCUUUUUCACCCCAAUUUCAUCAGAUAUCAACACUCUUCUGUUUGGGCACCAGAAAAUAUCAGAGCAGCCAACAGGCUUGUAAUUUUUAAAAAUAAUUUAAGAAUAUUUAUUAAAAGUACUUUAAAGCCAGAAAUGUAAACAUGAACUGUUAAGAUAUUUUAAAGAGUUUAUGAACCAGAUAUAAUGAGAAAUUUAGCCCCCACAAAUUACACUCACGGUCAUCACUGUUACUGUGUUUUACAGGUUUGACAUGUAAUGGUCUGUGAAUAAAAUUUGCUUAAUAAUUAAACAGAAAUAUGAUUUUGGUGAUUUCACAUGUGCCCUUAUUUGUAUACAGUUGUUAAUUGUUCAUU